GGUACAACCCCCGCUAUUGUGAUUAGCCAAUCACAGGUCGAGCUGAACCGGUCUCUCAUGUGACAAGUAAAGUCCGGCUGGUCUUCAGAUCYCACACAUCAGAACAACAUUGCAUUGAUUCGCCUCUCUGUAUAAGAGCCGAAGUAUGGGUUCGCUUGAUAACUUCGUAUGUCUUCACUGUACUACUGAACCCGUAGAUGAAAGAGAGCCUGAUAGCGAAGACGAAAAYAUAGUCGGUUUGUCWUGGGUAUUGGUCAAUUCGAAAUCCUCCAAGCUUGAAAGCGUCCACCACAGCCGAGUGUGGCCGUCUGAUGAGAAUAUUUUGGACAGUACAGCCACCAGUGAACCUACUGAAGCUGAACAUCUACAACAAGCUYUACAACAGUUUGAGGAUUUCCUUGAGGAGAGGCUCGCGAAUCAAGGAGAGAAAUGGUGUGUGGUUACAGACGGACAGCUAACGCUUAGACACUAUCUACACUGCGAUGCUAUAAAGAAAAAACUCAAACCCUCGUACAACUUCUAUACUUUCUACGACUUGCGUAAAGAAUUCAAAAAGAUUGCCAAAAAUGGAACAGAAUUUAAUAGUUUGUCAGAUAUCACAUCUUAUUGUGACCUCGAYRCUAACAAUAAUAGCCCAGCUGGCCUGGACUACUGCAGACUCAUGGCUAAUGCGAUACAAUUCUUAAUCAAAAAAGGUCACGUAUUUAGAGAGGCGGAGAAGAUAAGCGCGAAAUACGAAGCUGGACCAUGUAUUGGUCCYGUACUGGACGAGACAGUGUUACGUGCCAGAGGUCUACCAUGGCAAGCGUCAGACCAGGACGUAGCAAACUUCUUUCGUGGUUUAAAUAUUAUCAAAGGUGGCAUUGCGUUUUGCUUAAAUAUGCAAGGGAGACGAAACGGUGAGGCGUUUAUACGAUUUGAGAACUCUGAGAAUAGAGAUUUGGCUCUAAAAAGACACAAGAUGCACUUAGGAACAAGAUACAUUGAGGUCUAUAAAGCKACAGCACAAGACUAUUUACGUAUAGUUCGAGGACCAAUUGAUGUCACACAAAUUGCUGCAAAUUUUGUAUCGUCAAAAGCAGACGUAAUAGUACGCAUGCGUGGACUUCCGUUCAGUACAAAACCAUCAGACGUAGUAAAAUUUUUCGGAGAGGAGGCACCAGUUCACAGAGGAGAAGCAGGRAUACUAAUGGUGAAAGGACGCAAUGGUAAAGCUACAGGGGACGCGUUCGUCUUGUUUGAGACAGAAGAACACGGCAGAGCUGCCUUGAGAAAACACAGAGACGUCCUAGGUUCUCGUUACGUCGAGCUAUUUCGCAGCUCGCAAAGUGAAGUCCAACAAGUCCUGAGCUCUUCAAGCAAUUUAAUUCCUGGUUUACCGCCAUUAACCAUGCUCCCUUCACCGGUGCACCAACAUCCACCAUUUCAUCCAUCAGUGUUUUUACCCCCACCCCCACCGACAUAUACACCUAAUGGGAUUAGUACUGUUAAAGACUGUUUAAGGUUAAGAGGGCUUCCCUUUUCUGCAAGUGUGCAAGAUGUUCUUGAUUUUAUGAAGGAACAUGCAGCUUAUGUUGCACCUGGCGGAGUUCAUAUGGUAUUUAAUACACAGGGUCGGCCAUCAGGAGAUGCUUAUGUUCAGCUCAUCUGCCAAGAAUCUGCCCAAGCUGCAGCAAACGAUCUACACAGAAAUCACAUGGGUGAAAGAUACAUUGAGGUAUUCCCCUGCUCAAGUUCUGAGAUUGUCAACGUUAUUGCAAGCAGCACAAUUAAUCAAACUAAAAUGCAACCAAUAAGUAACCUGUCUUAUAGUCCGCCRUGCACAUACCCUGUAACAUCUGGCAUUAUAGGGUACGCGAACUCGUCACAUAUGAAUGGACACUCACCAGUGGACUCGUCAUUGGUGCCGUCACCAUCUCGUAGUCCACCGGCAUUGUAUGUACAUCAACAGUCACCUUACUAUAAUUGUAUAGUGCCGUCUAAUGGAGUAGGAUGUAGCCCWAUGAACUACUAUGCUAGCAACACUUCUACUGGGAUGAGAGUUAGAGUCGCACCAUAUGUCACGCCUGCUUAUGAGAUGGUACCAUUUUUCCAUCAUGGGUACCAGGUUGCGGAAUAUGGAGUUGGACAUUGCAGAUAAUUUACAAGUAUUAUUCAUACUAUUCCACAAUCCAGCACUCCAUACAACCAAUACAUAAAAUCCACAAGCAACAGACAACAUUAGUAAAGAGCCAAAUAGGAUGCCAAAGAGUUCAGUCAAAUAGAMCUUCAUUCGAAAUAGAAAUCAUUAUUUAAUAUGAAUUGAACUCAAGAAUUUGGAUUCCAACAGCAAAAGAAGUUUGCCAAGUAGGCUAUAAACCUCAUUAAGUUAAGAAAAAAAAAGAAACCACAAAGAACAAUUUCUGAAAGUACCAAAGCAUGCAUGUAAAAAUUCRACAAUGAUUCCGCCACCCAGAAAAAAAAAUACAUAUUCAAGACAAUUUUCUACAAUAUUUGAGAGCUUGUCUCUUACAGGACGAAAACCUGGAGAAAUUUCUAAGUUAAGAAUAGCUCAGGACUGGAACAAGACUGUUUUGUACAAGAGGUGCAUUGCAAAUACAGGUCAUUUUACUGUUUUAUCAUGCAGCACCUGCAAGAAUGUGAGCCUGACUACAAAUAGAAAUGAGCACCUUUGUUUCAAGAGCCAUUCAGUAAAAUGUUCCUUUGUUCUUUCAAAGGAGUGGCUUAUAAAUAUUUCACAGGGCUAAUGAUGUUAUUGAGCUCAAACAUUGCCAAAGUGCUAUUUCUAUUUCUAGGUCAUGUGACCUCUCGUGACAAGUACCCGUGUCAAUGUACAGUAUGCUCAUAUUAACAUUCUCUAAUUUGAGUAUUGUUCAUCAACUUGAUUAUCAAAUUCAUUUAAUUCUAAGUUGAAAAAUAUAAUUCUUAAAACUUAGACAAAACAUAAGUCAAUGAAAAAAUAUAGUCUGAGCAAUCUAAGAAUGAUUGACAUCACCAUGACUACUGCAUAACCAUAGCAAUGAUGAAUAGAAUAACUGUUGAAACUAUGGCAACAGACAGUACCUACAGAGCCUCUUYAAAAUAAUUACCUGAUAAAACAAUGUUAUACAAAGAGGAGACAAAUGAAAUAUUAUUUUACUCCUGUAAAUGAAAGGAACAAAAUUAUUCUUUUAAAUGAUGAGAGAAUGAGAAAAUAUGAAUUGUUUUCUGCCMAAAAAAAAAAUAGCCAAAAAAACAUUGAGAAAAUGAAUUUUAUCUUUAGAAAUUGGAGCUAAAUGAUAAAUAUUAAAUAGAAAUCAAGAGGCUUGAAURAAGCUCUCUGAAAAAUAAUAUUUGUUCUUGAAAAUUCUUGAUUAGUUUCUAAGAACAGACAUUAAUUCAAAAUGAAAAAAUUGUACAAAGAUUAAUAAAAAUGAAUGUCAUAUCUAGUACUAUAGGUAAUAUUAAACAUCCAGAACCAUUAAUUUCACUUAUUACUUAGUUUUCAGUAAAUUAUACAUUCGCACACACAGUUCAUAGUUUAAUUCAAAAUGUAAAUGUGACAUAUUAACAAUGAAAAACUCCUUAGAAAAUUAGACUAGACUCUUUUGUUAGAUACAUACAAUGUCCUGCCUUUUUUAUAUAUAUAUAAUUCUAUAUUUCUCUGUCUCUAAGGAAAGAAAAUUUCAACUUUUGGUCGUUAUAGAGUUUUGUAGUCUGAAUUAAAUGCAGAGUCCAGAGUAAUUAAUAUCUGUACAUAGAAUAAGACUGGAUUAAAUUGACUUAAAUAUGAUAAUAAAUCACCUCAGUCUGUUUAUUUUUCAAUGCGGUUGGAACAAAAUCAAAUGUUACUGGCCUAUAUAAAUCACUAAAUAAUAAUAAGUGAUUGAAAUCAUAGUGGCCUCAAGUUAUAUCUCUUUAAAGGACAAUUUUCAAUCAAGUUGAGAUUCUUUAUAUUGAAUAUUAAACCAUUAAUUAACAGAUUUUAGUAGACAUAUAUAUUACGACUAAACUUUUGACAAYUGAUGAUCUGAAAAAAAUAAUAUACCUUACACUGAAGACUAUAUUGAUUUGAAUACAGGCRAUUAUAUUUACCAAAUUUAUGAAAAAUGCAUUUAUUGAACUGAUAAAGCAUUACAUGAGCAUUUAUGUGUAAUGCAAGCAAUUUGAAUAAAUUUGUAAGAUAGAAUUUAUGKUCAUAAAAUUACCUAAAUCGUUACAUUCCCUGCUAGUUGAAUAGAACUACGGAUCUGUUGGCAGGGAUGUAUAUAUAAUCACUUACAUCACACUCUUCAAAUAGAAAAAUAUGUUUCAGCUUCUUUUGUAAUACAAUGUACAUUACUCAUUCAUUUUUCUUCUUUCUAUUAGUACACCUAGAUUUUGUAGCAAUUAAUUCACAAACCAACCAAUAAGAAUCAUUAUUUUAGAAAUAAUUAGUAAAAUAGAAUUAUAAUAUGAAAGCUAUAUUUAUGCAGUCAUUGCAUUGAUGAUAGUACAAAUAAAACAACAAUCAACAA